GGGAAAUAAAUUUUGGGAUUUAGGGAUCUAGGGUUUUAUUUUUGACAGGUUUUAUAUUUUCCAGCUUCUAUGUCUUCUAUCGUCUUCUUCCCCUCUUCAUCUUUCAAAAAUUGAACAUUAUUUCUUUAAGAUUUGCAUUUCAUCGAGCAUGGCUUCUUUGUCAAGCUCUGAAUCAUCAAUGAAAACAUGGUUUUAUUUCUAUUAGCUUUUAUCGUCUUCUUCCCCUCUUCGUCCUUUAAAAAAUUGAACACUGUUACCAGGGCCGCCGUUGGGGAACUCUGCUUUCCCUCAACAGGCGUAUUUGGAGAUCACAAUUUUGUUCUGUUGGGACCGCAAUGACGACCAGAAAGGCGAGAAGGUCAAACUCAUACAGGAAAAUUCUAAUGCAAAGGCGAAUUCAGAAUCGGAGGAAAUGAAGCUUGAAGGCGACGCAGUGAUGAUCUUAGUAGGACUAACCGUAGGCGCUCCUCUUCCUUUGAAGCUCCCCGGCAGCUAUCCUUGGUCCAUCGGAUUCAAUUCCGACGGUUUUGUCUAUCUUGAUGGGAUUAAACUUGUGUUUGGAUCAGAAAAAGAAAACUGGGGAAAAUCAGAGAAAGUGAUAGGUUGUGGGUCCAAUCCACGGCAAAAGAAAGUGUUUUUUCCAGUAGAUUCGCAGCUGGUGCAUGUGAUAAAUUGCAAAACAAAGGAAUUUGGAACUCCCUUGAAUUUUACAGUAAUCUUUCAAAGAAUACUUCAAAAGCAUGAGUCUUGUGUACUUUCUCCGUGUCUUUACAGUUUGGCUUUGUAAAUCAAACUUGUAAUCUUUUUGUUAACCCAGAAAAAUUCUCAAUUUCUCGCGCCUUAGGGAUUUUGCAAAUCAUCUACCAUCCCGCCAAGAAAUUUGCUUGAUUUGA